ACAUGACAUUUGAUUCUGCCAAUGUGAUAUGUUCCAUGGAGUCACGUUUCAGCUAUCCUCUGAUUGGAAGUUAUUUAUAUGCAUUGUAACUGCAGCUUGCAAAUCCGAGAUUUUACUUCUUUUGCUUCAGAAAUGUAACUUGCAGCAUAAUUGCACCUCUUGCGAACGAAAGAGAACUAGUCACAUUGUCUGAAGCACUGUGCUGAUUCCACGGAAUCUGAUUGCUAUUUGAGAUGUGUCAUAUUCGCCAGGCAUAUUUUAUCGCAGAACUUCUCUUCCUUUUUCUCUUAUGACAACUUGUCAUUGUCAUCGUAAUGCAUGCUGCGGCCAUCGACAUUGUUGUUGAGUGAUAGGUUGCGAACGACCAAAGUGGUGACACAUUAGUACUGUAAGAAUCAAUUUUCGCAUUGUUGGUGGUCUGUGAAAGUGAAUUUCAAACAUGAGGACCGAAAGGUCUUUGCGGAUUCAGGUAUUAGGCCGUAAUGGAAAGGAGAUUUUCAAGGGUGGCGUUGAAGUGCCUGAGGAGGGAACUUUUUCAGAUUUAAAAGGAGCUAUACAGAGACGUAAUAAAAAAUACUACCCAGACAGACAAAGAAUCACGCUGCCUCACCAGGGUCAGGGGCGCUCCGCACCAAUAGAUAGCAGCAAGAAACUGAAAGACUACGUCACCACGGAUCGCCCGCAAGUGAUAUUCAAGGAUCUGGGACCCCAAGUGUCAUACAGAUCGCUGUUCCUCUUUGAAUAUUUUGGCCCAUUAAUCAUUUACCCCAUCUUCUACUUCUACCCACAAGUGUAUACUCACUUUGGUCUGCCUAAGCGUACCUUCGUCUACCCUGCCCAGACCUACGCCCUCUAUGCCUGGUGCUUCCAUUACGCCAAGCGUGAACUCGAAACGCUUUUUGUGCAUCGUUUCAGCCAUGCCACUUCCCCUCUUGCCAAUGUGUACCGCAACUGCAUUUACUACUGGGCAUUUGCAGGAUUUAUUGGCUACUCUCUCAACCACCCCAACUACAAUCCUGUGGGGGAAACCCAAUUGUACGUGGGGAUUGUCAUCUCCAUUGUGAGCCAGCUCUCCAACUUCUAUUGUCACAUCAUACUGAGGAACUUGAGGAAAUCAGAGGGGAAGCACAGUCACCAUAUCCCCCACGGCUUCUUAUUCAACUCCGUGACAUGUGCAAAUUACACCACCGAAAUCAUGCAGUGGUUGGGAUUCAAUGUGGCCACGCAGACCCUGGCGGGCUACCUUUUCAUAGCCUCAGGGACGUAUAUCAUGACUGUCUGGGCUGUCCAAAAGCACAGUCGGCUGGUGAAGAUGUUCGAUGGCCAGGAUGGGCGUGGGAAGUAUCCACAGAGAUAUGUUAUUUUACCCCCUUUUGUUUAAAGACAUUGUUUUGAUACCAUUGCAGCAUAAAUCAACCGACCCACUGAUUUACUCGAUGUACCCUGCAGCACUAGUUUGGUGGUUGAUACGCAAUAUAAUAAAUAUUUUUGCUUCA